AUGGCUACAAAAGCGUCGUCAAUCCUGCACCCUCCCAAUGAGACUGAGCAUACCAUGUCUCGCAUCACCCAGGAGGGCAAAAAACUCACCUACAACCUGAAAGUCAUCCAGCAGCCAGAGCGCGCCAGAGCAUGUGGUGCUGGAGCAAAAUCCUCUGCGGACCGUCGGCCUGUUGACCCACCUCCUGUGGUCGAAUUACGUGUGUUCGAAACAGAUCUAAAUGAUCAGCACAAAACGGAUGUCACCUUCAGCUACAACGCCAACUUUUUCUUGUUUGCAACUCUGGAGUGGGCGCGCCCAAUUGCCCAUGGCAGGAUCCAGACUCAGACCCCCUCAUGUCCUGUCCUGACAGGUGUGCCCGUUGCUGGCAUUGCGUAUCUGGAUCGACCAACACAGGCAGGAUAUUUCAUCUUUCCUGAUCUUUCUGUCCGCCACGAGGGCUUGUACCGGUUAAACUUCAACUUGUAUGAGGAAAUGAAGGAGCCCAAGCAUGUCGAUAAAGGUGGACUAGUACCGCACUCGCAGAACCACAUGGCACCGUUGACACCGUCGAAGCCCCGUUCACCACAUCAGUUCCUCCAUUUCCGCUUGGUUGUCAAGUCCGUUCCAUUCACCGUUUACAGCGCGAAGAAGUUCCCAGGCUUGGCCGAGAGUACCUCGUUGAGCCGCAUCGUAGCAGAACAAGGUUGUCGUGUCCGGAUCCGCCGCGAUGUUCGUAUGCGUCGUCGCGAGCCCAAGCCCGGCAAGGACUACUACGACGACAGACGUAUAACCCCGGAUCCUUAUCCCGGCACUCCGAUCGAACGUCCACGCUCAGCGAGUAAUGCGUCCAUGGAUGACCCUUACAGAUACCCUACCGGACCACCACAGGUCCAACCGAGCCCGGACUACGGCUAUCAUCAUCCAUCCCAUCAGCAACCCUCUCCCAAUCUUGCUGCAACUCCACAGUCACAUCUGUCCUUCGGCGCUGCUCCUCCACAAUAUCACGCCCCUCCACCACCACCGACUGCACAUCCGGCUCCGCCACCUGCCUACACUUCGCCACAUCUUGGAUAUACACAUACCCGACAAAUAUCUGCAGGUCCGGAGUACGACCCUCACAGACAAAAGUAUACUCAGUACCCUCCUCCCAGUCCUCACUCUGACAUCUACGACCAAUCGAAGUCCUCUUUGCCCAUGAAUCCAUCAGUCGAUCAUCCCUCUUACCCGCCAAUGCCCUAUGAACAGCGCAUGUCAGAUCCAAAACUGUACGCUCCACCAUCUCAGCUCCACCCGACCCAACAAUAUCAACAACCCACACCCCGCCCCACUCCAGCAGCAAUAGCACCCCAUCCUCCUCACCAGAGAACCCCCACAAAACCAAGUCCAUCUACAUUCUUCCCCCCAACUCCUUCCCGCCUCUCCGUCGAAGUCGACUCCUCCAAUGAAGCCGACGACGCCAUCAUGAACGCCAUCCGUACGCGCCGUGGUUAUAUCCUCGGCGAGAAGCCCGGUGCGACGAAACGCAGCCGCGAUUCCUCGGACCACGACCUCAAGCCGCUCCGCAACGGCCAGCGGCCCGUCGUCUCCGGUGAUGAAGCGGCGAAAGGUGAGAUUGGCGAGACGUCUGGUGGCUCUGACGAUGAGAUCAUGACGUAUCGCCGGGCUGAUGGGCGUUUGGUGGCGAAGCAGCGGGUGUCGGUGCAUUCGAAGGGGAAGGAGGUCAAUAUUCCGCGCGAUGUGGAUUUGUUAUCCAGGCGGCCGGAGGUGUGUGCUGUUGCUGAGUAG